AUGGAGACCUCUGGAGAGGGUGACAGGCAGAGUGGCAGAGGGACACCCGACCCUCAAGUGCAGCAGCAGAAGCUGGUGCCCCGGGUGGCCUGCCGACGUCUGUCGCGGGCUUGGCACCAGGCCACUCUGUCAGGGCUCUUCAGCAGCCUGAGGAAAGCUGUUUAUGCGAAGGCUGACUUCAUAGCCUCAAAGUGGCAGAUUCUGAAUAAGGCCAAGAUCCAUAUUAAAGACCUAGAACAAACCUUGGAUACUUUGCUGAAGCUAAAAGACUCCUUCAACCUGGCGGAUGGGCAUGCGAGCACCUUGCAGGAGGUCAAGGAAGAAUACGCCAGGAUGUAUGCCAAGAGUCACUGGUCAGUCCCAGCCACACCAGGAGCCCAGCAAGAAGAGGAGGAGGAGGAAGAGGAGGAGGAGGAGGAGGAAGAGGAUGAAGAGGAGGAGGAGGAAGAAGACAGAGUGGAGCUUGUCAGCUCCCCAGGAGCCUUGUCACCGGACCUCCUGGAAUUUGAACGGUACCUCACCUUCUACAAGUUUGCCAUGGACGUCCUGAUGGAGAACGGCAUCAUCUCCUCCCAGGAGGGGAAACUGCCCAUCGUCUCUGGGGCCAUCUCCCACCUGUGGAAGAACCUCUCAGAGGAGAAGAAGGCCGGCCUCCUCCAGGCCCGGGCACAGGCGCACAGCGGCCCCCCGGGACCCCCAGGGGUCGGUCAGGAGCCAGCAGGCGCCGAGGGCCAUGUUGUGGUCAGCGGAGUGGAUGGCCAAGGCACCGACUGCCCACUGGUCUCCACUGCAGAGGAGCGACGAUACGUUCACGUGAGCAAAACGCUGCCCAGUCCUGACGCCUCCGCAGCUGCUGCGGAUCUUGACCUCAUCGUUGGCAGCCACUGUAGCCUCUUCGAAGAUGCUUUCCAUGUGACCCUGGACAUAAACGAGAGUCCCAGCGCCUCUGAUUCCAGGUUUCAAGUCCCUGUUAUCAGCUCCGGAGUCGUGCGGACACAGAGGCCCCCUGGGGGCCUGGCCGGCCUCCCACUGCCCCACGACGGCCUGGCCAGUGCCAUGGAUCGUCCUGCGUUCGCCAUCUGCAACGUGGAGAAGUUUCAGCUUUACAUGCAGAUCCUGGACUUCUUCAAUGGCCUGUGCUGUGAGGGCCCAGAGUCACACCAGGAGCCUCCCGUGGCCGUGGACGAGGACGCGAUACUGCUGAGAUGCAUGGAAACCUUUGACGACGAUGACCUGUGA